AUGGCGGACGCUGCAGGGAGUGCGUCGCCGGCGCCAGCCUUAGCGACGCAGCCCAGGAGCGAGACUCCUAAGAAUGAGCCUGAACCCGCCACCGAAUCGACGAAAACGACCGUUAAAACCGAGGACGCCCCACAACAACUCGCGGCCGUAUCCAAGACGGACCCUGAUGGCCACCCUCCUCCAGCUUCACAAAGCCCGAUCUCGAGCAAUGUUAUUAAGUCGGAAACCAAUGGCUCCCCUGACACGGCGGCGCCCGCUCAAGAGGCAGCUUGCGUAAUACCGACUGUCGCAGCAGCUGCCAGUACACCCUCGACGAUUCCCGCUGUCGCGCCUCCUCCCAAUCCAGUCCCGGCUGCCACCCCUCCGGCUCCUCUGACUACACCCGCUCCCGCACCUGCUGCAGACACUGUGACCCCUGCGAAGCGAUCCAGGACACCUGAACUUGGACAAGAACCUGGCGCCGACAAAAAACAGAAGACCGAACAUGUCCCGGACCACGACAACCAGGCGGCGGAUGGCUUCAAGGCGGAGGCAGAGGCGAGUGCAGAAGCGAAUGCCAAUGGCGAUGCGGUGCCUAGCUGGGACCUCGAGUCGAUGCUGGCAAAUGCUCUUGGCGCAGUUAAUGAUGCAAAAGGCGCGGGUGGAGCAGACGAUCCCAUGGAUAUCGACAACCUAGCGGCAUCUAUUCCUUUGCCGCCGCCACGCCGACGGCUGGAGAAAAUGAAGUUCAUCGAGACACCCACAUACUUUUCAAGGUCCAUGGGCCUGCCGAUUCUUGGGAGUCUCGCUGUUCAGAUACUUCUCGCGCUUUUCCAGCAGCCCUCCGAAGUCACGGACAAGAUCAUUCGAGAUGCAAGGACUGAGGGUGGGAAAGUCUACGUGGCCCUGAGAGCCACUUUUAUGGCGACGCUGAAGCUGUUCACGGAUUCCACAGCUUUCCUCAAUGCCGAUGACCUUGACAUCCACGACCCAGGGGAUCGCGAGACCAUCCAGAUGGCGAACCUUGCCAACAUGUGCGCGAGCUUUUACGGCCCAGGCGGUCCGACCAUGGCGACAGCCCACGACUAUUUCCUAAACAUCAUGAUUCCUGAGAAUGGCAUGAUCACAGAGGACAUCUCUGCCCUUUACCUCGACCAAAAGACUCAAUCCUUUCUCGCAUAUGCUAAUGUCAUGGAGGAUAAGGAGUCAACUAGGAACAGUCUUAUGGACAAGUUCUUCCCCAAAGAGCUGGAGGGCAAGCUGAGAGCAUACUACAGAGAGUCAGACCUCAAUAUAUCAGGCAUAAAUGAAGACGAUUUCGUCAAGCCGUUUACGGACAGACGCAACCUUCUCAAAGCAGUAGGACACGAUAAGGAGAAGAGACGGCAACUCGAGGCCAAGUACCAGUUCGCGACUUUCUUGGAUAACCUUAGUGCGUUUAUCCGAUCGAAUUUCGAGUCCAUCGUGGACUACGCGGAGGGACACGGCUUCGAGAUACCGAAUGAGCCUGGUGAGGAGGAGGCCUUGCUCUUGGAAGGUGUCCAGCCGCCUUCCACGUACACUGGUGCAUUCCCAGGCCAGAAACGGCCCAACGGGUCCGAAUUGGAUUCUGGCUACGAAACCACAGGUCUUGCAUCGCUGAUCACUGAGAAGCUGGCACCCAUUGAUGUUAACGGCUACGGGCAAGCCUCGGCCGGUACAGUAGACGGGACGAACUUGCCACCUACACAAUCACUCCCUACGGCAGUGUUGUAUGAGAGGGCACGACAGGCAGCUGUCGCAAAGUCAUCAACAGCACACGCUCGCAGGGAGGGUCUCCACUCUACCAGAAGGCCAUGGACGCCUGAAGAAGAGAAGGCAUUGAUGCAAGGUCUUGACAUGGUCAAGGGCCCACAUUGGAGCCAGAUUCUACAAUUAUUUGGUUUGAACGGAACGCUCUCUGAUAUUCUCAAAGACCGGACCCAGGUGCAGCUGAAGGACAAGGCCCGCAACUUGAAGCUGUUCUUCCUCAAGACCAACUCUGAGAUGCCCUACUACCUGCAAUGUGUGACUGGCGAGUUGAAGACCCGAGCUCCUGGCCAAGCCGCGAGAAAAGAAGCAGAGGAACAAGCACGUCAGGGUGCCAUGAACCCAAGCGGGGGCGUGCAAGGCCAUUAUGCUUCCCAUUAUCCGAACGGCGCCACAAACGGCGCAACAACUGCAACUCAUGGCCCUCCAGCGGCUGUACCACCAGCGAGACCGAAUCAGGCCAUGCCGAGUGCGCACUCGUCGACUACGGGUGUCUCCAGUGCGCAGCAUUACCAGCCACAGCAGACUUAUCAACAGCAGCAGCAAACGUAUCAACAAAAUCACCAGCAGCAUCGGCCUCAGCAAUUACAACAGGCUUCUCAUGCUCCGUCCCAAAUCACUCCUUCGCAUCAAAGACAAGAACCUUCGGCCAGCGCAACAAACUACGCAACCAACGCCUUAUCAGCAGCCUCCACAAUAUGCGCAACCGCAGCCACAGAGGCCAGCAGCAAUGGCCUUAACUCCUCGACCUGGUUCAGCUUCUAUGCCGCAGCAGCAGGCACGGUCGCCUGCUUCUGUCUCCGUGCCUGCAGCGCCACGCCCGGCUCCAACAGGUACAGCAGGACCGCCAACGACGUCCAUGCCAGCUUCAGCCCCUGGUCCUACAGUGACCUCAGGUCAGGCCCAGGCUCAGGCUCAGGUCCAACCACAUUCCCAACCCCAGACCCAGCCACAGACACAUAUACAGACACAAGCACAGAGUCCAGCGCCAAAGACAGUGCCUGCCAUUAUGCCAGCGCCUCCUACACCCACCCCUUCGCCAUUAACGCCUACUGUAGCAUCACUAGCUGCCUCCCCGUCAUUGCCACCCCAGAAGCUUCCGGGACAGCCGGUUCCGCCAUCGCAGCCCACAGCCUCAGCUGA